UCUUCCCUUCCCCCUUCCCCCAUGGGAGGAGAGGAGUGGAAGCAGCGAGAGAGAAAACAGAAGAGGAAGAACAGUUCUUCCCAUUUCCCCUGGGUAAUGGAUCAGAAAAUUCCACGCUUCCCACUUGUAUAAAUACACAAACCCACUACUUCCCCGGAACCGCAAAUCAAGGCUGAACGCGACGCCUUUCUAGCGGUUUUCUGUUGCCAAGUUGGGGUUUAUUUUUCGAUCCGGGGGGCGGUGCUCUCCCUCGUCUUGGCGGUUUCCAGUGGAAUUCCGAGUCCUUUUCUGUCGAGUUUUUGGUCUGAAUUUCUUGCUGUUUUUCUCUUCAUUCUCGUUGUCUCCUUCCCCCAUUCCUUUCCGCCUGGAACCUGUCACGGUUCGGUUGGUUUACUGAGUGAGAGAAAGAGUAAUCAAAGAACGAAAUUUUGAUUCCAAACUAAAUCUACAUUGAGGUGAAUGUGUUGGAAGCAGCAGUCAUCAUAGUUGGGUUUGAUCCAUCCAAGAACGUUGCUGUCCGGGUAUUCCUAGGCGAGGCGAUGCUGCGCAACAGAUCGAGAAGAGCAGUUGGUGCCAAGCAAGGAGGAGGUCUCAUGCCUCAGCCUGAGCAACCCCUCGCCACUGCCACUGCUCAAUCUCCGAGGCAGAUGAAUCCGUCUUCUUCUUCUGCGACAGCUCCUGGGUUCCCUUCCCCGAGGCCGUUCAUGGCGCUCCCGCAGGCCGGGUUCUUGGACGGUGCCGAGGGGCCGUCCUCAUCCAUGAGCCCCACCUCCAUUCUUGAGACCAAGCAGUUCUGCUGCUCUGCCCUGCCCCCGUUCCUGUCGGAGAGAAGCCUCAGGAGGGCUCAUAUGGAGAUAGCUGCUCCGGAGCCGGCCAGCGCCGGCCUCGCCGACGUGCUCCGGGAGCACAGUAACGCCAACACCGUCGGUGGCGGCAAGGUGGUGUUCGGGUCGCAGCUCAGAAUCCAGGUCCCUUCCGGCAGGGCGGUGGAGCUGGUGUCCUCCCCGAUAGAGUUCGGUGUCAAGAACCGGGACGCGCAGCUGGCCGUCCUGUCGCCGGCGAGGAGGUUCUUGCCGGAGGUGGUCAGCUCGCCUACCGCGCGGGUGUUCGCCGCCGGCGUCGCCCCGGGGGAAAUGGCGAUGUCGGAGGACUACACGUGCGUCAUCUCUCGCGGCCCAAACCCGAGGACCAGGCACAUCUUCGAUGACUGCAUAGUCGAGAGCUGCGGUGAUGUGCUCGUGGACAAGAUGGACAAAGGAGCAGGCGGCGCUGUCGACGGUCAAGCCGUGCCGGCGAGCGGCUUCUUGAGCUACUGCCAGGCAUGCCACAAGCAAAUUGGACAUGGCAGUGACAUAUUCAUCUACCGGGGUGAGAAAGCAUUCUGCAGCAGCGAGUGCCGGUACCGGGAAAUGCUUUUCGACGAAGCAGUGGACAACUUGCGCUAGCUAAACGAGGGAGGGUGUUUCGUAAGAGAAAUUCAGUGGAGGAGAAGGCUUGAUCCUGAAUAACCUGAGAUGAGAUUUUUAUUUUAUUUUAUUUUUUCUCAACUUUGCAAGGACGGAAGUUGUUUUUGGUCAUGGAGGACGGAAUGAUUUAGUCUUUUGCGGAUUAAAGACCUUUGCCCACUUCUGCAAGAGGUUGCACUGUUGGAGUUGGAGAUUGAUGUCCUGGGGCUACUUGUUCGUGUGACAUUCCAGUUAGUUGAAAUUUGAUGCUCAUGUUCAAUUCUGCCCUGUGGUGCAGUAUACUUUUGGCUAGAUGUGAUAUGAAACCUUUUGUACCAGGAUGAACUCUGAGAUUUUGUUCAAUAAACUAUUAGGGAAGCAAUUUAGUCCUUAUGGCUCUUUUAACA